AUGCAUUUCCAGACGCUCCCUCAAGAGGUGGUGGCCAAGAUCAUCGAUAUUGUGCGCCUAAUAGAGCCUCACAAGGUCGAUUUCUUGAACCAGCGCCUUGUCUGCCGGCGCUUUGAUGAUCAGAUCUCCCGUCUCGUCCUGAAACACGUCGAGCCACUGACUCUAGACAUCGGCCGCAGGCACAACUGGCGACCGGGCAUCGAAUGGAUGCUCAUCACCAAAGCCAGGAUCCAUGUCAGAGACUUCGUGGGGCCCUUCGCAUUCCUCCACGAUGCCGCGGCCUAUCUGGCGGCGAAGAACUUGAUCCCCAGCCUCACACACGACGAUGCCCUCGUCGCCGCCUGCCGCGCCGUUGUCUCUGCCCACGAGCCCAGCUGGGUCGUCAACCAUCUGGUGACCUGGGAGCUUAGCAGUACUCUGCCAAAGGUCGUCUGGCCGCUGGCAAGCUACACUUCUAAACGAUUCAAUCCAGCAUGGAGGCCUGUUUCUGAGGCUGAUACUAACAUUCAUCUCGGUACGCUCCAGGUGCUGCUCGCCCAUGGGAAUGCCUUGGCCAUCGAGCACUUCAUCAGGAGCUGUGGCUUGACCAAGAGGGAUCUGGAGGAUGUCCACCUUGCUUUCGGCUCUGUCCUCUCUGCCGCUAUUGUGUUUUCACGAGACAUUGCAAUCUUCACGCUCAUAGAAGAGUAUGGGAUUGACACGACCGUCUUGACGGUUGAUGGCAAGGUCAAGAAUGGCUUGCUGUACGCUUGCGAGAUGAACCGGCCAACGGCAGCCUACAUGCUCCUGAAAGCCCCGCGCGAUGUGCAGGUCAACUUCCAAGAUGCGCUCGGGCACUCCGCCCUGAACUGGGCUGCCCGGAGAGGAUGGGUAGAGGUCGCCGAAGCACUCCUCGCGAGGGACGACAUCGACCUGAAUAUCGCAACGAAGUGGGGAGAAACCCCGUUGGGCGCAGCAGCAAGGCAGGACCACGAGCAUAUCGUGCGGCUCCUCCUGGACAAAACAGGCGGCAAGCCUCCGAUGGUGUACUCGAGGUACUCCCCCAUGUGGCUUGCUUUUGAAUGCGGCUCAACCAACGUGGUCCGCCUGUUCCUGGAACGACUUGGGACCGACUUUGAGGUCAAUCAAGUCAUGCGCAAAGGAUUCACACCUCUCACCUUGGCAGCGAGCAAGGGCCAUACGUCCAUCGUUCGCAUGCUUCUCGCCUUUCCCAACAUCGACCCCGACAAGCCGAUAGACAAACAAACCCUCACGCCCCUUCUGCUGGCUUGUGCAAACGGUCAUGCAGAGAUCGCCCGCAUGUUGCUCGACCGUGGGGCAGAUGUUACUCGCAAGGCUUUUGGGAGGCUGCCCUUCCAGAUGGCGAUGGAGCACGGACAUCCCGACGUAUUCGCGCUCCUGAUUAACGAUACGAUUGAAUCAAACGACGAGGCCCGGACGGCUCUACUCUGGCUUGCUGUGGAAAUGCGGCAUGAGAUAGGGAUUAUUGAGAGGCUUCUUGCUUCUCCUCAAUUUCGCCGGAAUCGCGGCGAUCAACUGGGGAGAGUUUUGGUUCACUCGGUAGCACAUGGCCUCGUCGAUAUCGUACGGGAGUUGCUGUCCCAUGCAGAAGUUGAUCCCAACUUCACCAGAGGCUUCCCGUCUGACAAGACACCGUUACUUAGGGCGAUAUACUGCCCAGCCGCGACAGACCUCAUCCCGCUUCUGCUGGCCCGAGAAGACGUGGAUGUCAACAAAGUGACAAGUGGAGGAACUGCCUUGGCAUCAGCAGCUGUUCGGAACGCAUUACCCGCCAUAGCCGCUUUGCUGAAGUAUCCAGGCAUUGAUGUCAACUUCUGCCCGACACAAUCAAAGGGCGCCAACAGACACCUCCGUCUGAACCAGCCUCGGAACUUCUGCCCUUCAAGGAAACCACCUUUCAAAUCUUACUUGAAAGACAACAUCUAUCGGCAGGAACCCCCCCUCCUGGUUGCAGCCACAGAGAACAAUAUUGAGGCAGUGAUCCUGCUCUGCGAGGACCCUAGGGUUGACCUGGGCAUCAAGGACAGUUUCGGCAGAACUGCACUCUGGUGGGCGGUUCGACAUGCUAGCCGCAGAAUGGCCGUUCUCAUUCUGCGAUCUCCACGGAUGACGGAGGAAAUCAUCAAUGCCCAGGAUGAAGAUGGCUGGACCGCGCUGCAUGUCGCCGCAAACUAUGGCCUUCACAGAAUUGUCGAGAAGCUGCUCGAGCGGCCGGAUAUUGACCCCAACCUGCGUGUUUCAAAUGGCUGGACGGCCUUGCAUAUGAGCGCGGGAAACUGCAACAAGAACGUUACGCGAAUGUUACUUGGCCACCCCAAGAUCGACCCAACCAUCAAACUGGAUGAUGGUUUAACGCCGUUUGGUCUUCACGAGGGAUGUGAAUGUGGUCUUCAAUCAAUGGACCCAGAAGGAGUGAAGGAAAAUGGUUUGGAACAAGAAUUAUCGAGUAACGAAGGUCGAGCU